UCGGUGCAAUAACCCAUUCCACCAACCACCCUGUUUUUGUUUUGUUUUUUCAUGUAUAUAUUCAUUUCACACCAUAUUCAUUACACUUCUAUAUUUUUAUAUAUUUGCACAUUGUUUUUCUAGCAUGCACACAUCGCACUGUAUGGAAUGGCCUCAAUCUCGUUACCUUGCGUAAUGACAAUAAAGCUGAUUCUGAUUCUUCUUCUUCUGACUUGAACACAGUGCGACAUUAAAAAGAGCUGGUUAGUGCAAUAUGCAACAAUUACAGACGAGUACCUCCAAAAGGCCACUAGGUGACAGUAUUCUCUUGUUUUUGUGUCAGGGUCUACCAUAUGCAGUACAGUACUUACCUUUUUACAUGUUGCUUAGUACGUUGUAUUGCACUGUAAAAAGAUGGUGAGUUGUGCGAGUUAACCAGCAUCACGACCCUGCAUAUGGGAUUAAUGAAAAGAAAAAGGUGCGACAUGCAACAUUUUCCCCUUUCACAAAGAAUGGUAGACUGGGAGGAAAUCAUAUGAAGAAGUAUUUCCAGAUAAAGAUACUCAGCAUUAGCAUAGACUGUUAAAGUUCAUGCUUUUGACUUCAUAUUUUCUCAACAAUUUCUGUUCCCAGGGUUGCAGUCCACUGGUGACCGAACACAGCCAGGACUGCCAACAGCUGGACCGUGUCUCAGAGUGACAAACACAUCUGGAAUCCUUUCCUGUCUAAUCUUUAAUACGCACAUGCAGACAUGUCGAUUUUUGCAAUCGACGCCCCCUAAAAUCAUGUAUUUGUACAUGCAGCAUCACUGCUUCUGUUUCUGUGCAAAACUGUUGCACUUUUACUUGAAUUUUAUGACAUCAUGGUGAAAACAUUUUAUUUUUUUUGGUGCAGAGUAACUGGGCGGAUGUUAUGGUCAGCGAGUUGCACAGUUCCUUGCGGCGCUUCUCCGGACAGAUUUGCCUGGAAGAAAGGUCAUGAAGGAACGCUUGCUCUCUUGUGUGGAAGACUGACUUUGACUCUGCCAGAGGAGCCCGUCAUCAUUUUCAGCCGCGACAAUCAUGCUUCACUCCUGUGUGACCUUCUGCCUGCUCUCAGUUGUCCUCUCCCAGUCCCUUUAUUCCUCACCCAAGAGAGGGCGUAACAUCACCAUCCACUCCUCCAAUUUAGUGUGUAGUCUGCCAGGCCCAGAGGGGCCCGCAGGGAACCCGGGCCAACCCGGAUCACCAGGGGCGAUGGGGCCGAUGGGGGCCCCUGGAAAGGAUGGUCCAGAUGGAAAGGAUGGAGAUAAAGGAGAAAAAGGAGAUGCAGGUGAUCCUGGCAGGCUUGGAAAUCCAGGUAAACCCGGCAUGAAAGGCCGCGAGGGCCUCAUUGGCAAGGCCGGACCUCGAGGACAUAAAGGUCAACGGGGGUCAUCGGGGCUGGCAGGAACAAGAGGCCAGAAAGGAGAUGGGGGGGACGCAGGACAGAGGGGAGAACCAGGAGGCUGCGAUUGUGGCAGCGGCGCCCGCUCGGCUUUCUCCGUGGCCGUGUCGAAGAGCUACCCUAAAGAGCGGAUGCCCAUUCCCUUCAGCCGCAUCUUGCUCAACGAGGGCAAUCACUACAACGCCAGCAGCGGAAAGUUUGUCUGCGCCAUCCCUGGAAUCUAUUACUUCACCUAUGACAUUACCGUGGCCAACAGGCACUUAGCCAUCGGGCUGGUCCACAACGGACAGUACAAGAUUAAGACAUUUGACGCGAAUACAGGCAACCACGACGUGGCAUCAGGGUCUACUCUUCUCCACCUGCAACUUCUCGACCAGGUCUGGCUGCAGAUCUUUUACUCAGACCAGAACGGACUUUUCUUUGACCCCUUCUGGACUGACAGCACCUUUACAGGCUUCCUCAUCUAUGCUGAUCAGACUGCUGCAACACCUGGUGUACAAGGUGCCUCCUAACACUCUCACUCACCCGGUUCUGACACCAGAUGGCGCUGAAAACAAACGAAUAAUGAUAAUACUGACUUAAGGAGGCCACAUGCUCCCAUUUUAAAUACAUCUUGGAAGUUGAUAUGAUCCAGAGGUGGGUAGAGUAGCCAGAAAUUGUACUCAAGUAAGAGUACUGUUACUUUAGAGAUUUAUUACUCAAGUAAAAGUAAGGAGUAGUCACCCAAAUAUUUACUUGAAAGUAAAAAGUAUGUUGUGAAAAAACUACUCAAGUACUGAGUAGCUGAUGAGUAACCUGUUCGUUUAAUGAUGACGGCAACAAAUAAUGCACAAAAACAUAAAAAUAGCAAUGAGCAAAUUCAGAGCCAGGAAUAUCUCUUAAGCAACUAAAACAAUAAUAUAUAUUAAAUGAUAAUACAUUAAC